AUGGCAACACCUUCCAGCUUCACAUUGCCAAUGCGGCCUGCGCAGCCUAAGCCACAGAUGAGUGCCAACGACAAUGGCGACAACAACGACAAGGACGCCGAUGGCGCUGAGAUCAACGAUGACAAGGGCAGCGAAGAGCAGGGUAGCGACGACCAAGACAACGAUGACAAGAGCAGCAACGACCAGGGCGGCAACGACCAGGGCAGCAACGACCAGAGCAACCAACGACCAGAGCAACCAACAAAGCUCUGA